AUGGGAUUCACUUCAUGUUUAAAAGACUAUUUCCUUGGUUUUUGGGACUAUGAAACCCCCAAAAUCAUGGUGGUUAAAAAUAUGACUCUUGGAGUCAUAUACAGGGUAGUUCAGUUUAUUGUCAUCACCUACUUUGUCUGGUACGUCUUUAUCAGUCAGAAGGCGUACCAAGAAAGUGAAACACGUCCUCAGAGCUCAGUUUACACUCGCAUGAAAGGCUCAGCAGUCCGUGGAGAUGAAAUCUUGGACACGGUGGAAUAUGUUCGACCCUCUGAGGGUGGGGAUGUCAUUAGUGCAAUACUGAGACGAGAAGUCACAGACGGCCAGAAGCAAGGGACCUGUGCUGAGUACUUUGGCGUCACAAAUGCCAACUGCACAAGCGACUCAGACUGCAUCAAAGGAGAGGUUGACUUCAAUGGCAAUGGCAGGAGGACUGGCAGAUGUAUUCAAUACUACAACCACACCUUCAAAACCUGUGAGAUCCAAACCUGGUGUCCCAUCGAAGAUUAUGCAGUCAAGAGAGAGCCAUCAUUGGUGGAGGCCAUCAAUUUCACUUUAUUCAUCAGAAACUCCAUAUAUUUCCCAAAGUUUGGAGCACUGAGGGGUAAUAUCAAGGAUGCAUCAAACAGACGUACCAUGCACAAAUACCUGAACAAAUGCCUGUACGAUGAGGAGAAGGAACCCUACUGUCCAAACUUCCGACUGGGCUACAUUGCACAUCAAGCCCGGGAGAACUUUACUGAGCUCUGCAGGACGGGAGGGGUGAUUGGUGUGUUCAUUCAUUGGGACUGUGACUUGGACCUGGAUCUUUCCCGCUGUAAACCCAAAUAUUCUUUUAGGCGUCUGGAUGUCAGAAAAGAUCAAGCCAAUUCUGGUUAUUAUUGCAGAUUCUCCAAAUACUACCAAAAGGACGGGGUAGAGUCUAGGACACUCAUCAAGGCCUAUGGUAUACGUUUGGAUGUCAUCGUUCAUGGACAAGCAGGUAAAUUUAGCCCGAUCCCAACCAUCAUCAGCACAGUGACUGCAUUGACUUCAGUUGGAAUUUGUACCAUUAUUUGUGACUGGAUCAUGCUGACAUUUCUUGACAAGGAUGACGUCUACAGCGAGAGCAAGUUUGAUGAAGUUAUUGAUGAACCCACAGAGUUCAUUCCUCCGCAACUACUUUACAUCACCAGCUUCAGCUCAUACCAGUCAGACUUGUCGGAUGGUGUGCCGCUAUGA